ACACUGAAGUUAUUAUUAUUUUCUUUAGUUCAAAUAUUUUAUUCGUUAGUCAUAAACAAAUAUGGCUACGCAGUUAAUAAAUUUGUACUUGCAAAAAAGCGCUAUGUUCAGUCGUCAAGAUCGCUUCUUUGUUAUAACGACGUUAUUCCAAGCACGCUAAUUAUUAUCAUUAUUAAAAUUUAAAAGCUGAAUUAAAUAAUUUCUUUGGGUGAUUUUAACUCUUAUCUUAUCAUAUUAUUUGAGUGCAAUCAUCAACAUUAACAAUAUGAUUACAAUGAUAUGACACGGCGUAAUGUCUGAAAAUACGUCUAAAUCAAAGGAUAAUUCGACUAAUCUACAACAUCAAUAGGAAGAACUAUAUCAAUUUUUAAUAAAUUUUUAAGAUGUACUAUUUUAUUUUAUUUUUUUGCAACAUAUAAAUUAUCAAUAAGUUUUCAGAAAUCGUCGUUUCUUACUUUAACCAUCAUUAAAAUUCAAUUAAUACAAUAAAAUGCACGGAGCAAAACGAGUUAUUAUAUUUUGCUUACUUACUACUGUACUACCAAUUUUGCUUAUAAUUGUACCAUUAUAUUUAAGACAUAAUUUAUAUGCAAAUGUGGCUUAUCUUGUGAAUGAAUCUGAUGUUUUGGAAAUUUCUGAUGGAAUAUCAACGAUAUUUUGUUCUGCGCAUACAUUAGAAAUGAAUGGAACCUUCAAUGCUUUUCAAAUGAGCCAUAGACCUGAAAUAACGACCAGCCGUAAGCAUUUAAGAUUGAAAAAAAGUAUGAAUUUACCUGACGAUACAUUAGAAUAUUGGGGUUUUUAUUUGUUACGAGGAGCAAGUGUUGGUUUAAGUGUAUGUUCCAGGUUUCCUGGCGCGUCAAUACUAGUUGUUAAAGGUGAAAAAACAUUACGCACAUGUGGAAUGUUAGAUCAUAAUAAAAAUAAAGCGCGUACAACUGGAAUUUUUUUGCCUGAAGCAGAUGACCAAGUAAAAAUAACAUUUGAAUCCGAUGCUCGAGAAAUAGAAUCUGAAGAAUUAGCUACGUACACUUUAUCAUCAACAUCAUCAUCAUCAUUACCAAAAUUGCCGCCUAAUAUUACAAAUAAAUAUAUUCAAAACAUUUUAAAAGCUCGGAUGGAAUCAAAUCCAACACGAAAAUUAAGACAUACUCGAAAACGGCUGAAAAAACAGCCAAAAGAACAGAAUAAUAAAACUAAAAUGAAAGUAAAUAAUAAGCAAAAUCACCAAAAGACAUCUAAACUGUCACAAGAUUUAAAUUAUUUUGAUAGUAAUACUGCUAGCGAAGAAAAUGAUGGUCUAAAAAUAAUAAGUUCUCAUCAUCAUUAUCGCGUAAAAAGAAAUCAAGAACCAGUUAAACCACCAGCAUUACUUGAUCAAGGCAUUCAACACGGUGGUAAUGCGUUGAGGAAUCUUACAGACGAUGAAGAUUCUUCGGUAUCAAGCUUUGAGGAAGGUUUAUUGAAUUGUUAUGGAGGUCAAGUUCUUUUACAACAAGAAUUUGAACCAUCAGAUCUAUGUAUUAACGUAAGUUAUUUAGAAACCGCUAAACAUAUGCAGUCAAAACAUUCUGUUAUGGAAGACGGAUACUAUUAUUAUAUUUUUUAUAGUGAUAAUGAUUUUGUAUUCAAUGAUAUUCACGCAGUAUUUGAUAUUUAUAAACCAACAUUUCAAUAUGAAGAUUUUGUUCACCGUUGUGUAAAUAAAACAACAUGCACUUUUCCAUUGACAGUUUUAUCAUCAGAUAGAGUAAUUGUUGAAAUGCCUACUAAAGAUGGGAUAGAUCGUCAAGAAGACGAUAUUUCAUUGUUGAUAUCUGUUUGUCAUCCACGUAUGGGAAUGUAUAUAAUUUUUCCCAUAGCUGUGCUAUUUUCAAUUCUUUCUUGUGCAUUUCUUUAAACUAUUGUUCAUCACAAUUACAAGAUAUGAACACAAAAAAAAGCUUUGAACUGAAGCGAAGUUGUCUCUCCGAGCUGAAGGUGAUUAAGCCAUUUGAAACGAAUCAAAGACGUUUAAAAUUAAUGGCGCAUCAAGUAGUGUCAACUUAGCUGGUAUAAUAUAAGCUUAUUCCACAAGAUCUGUAGAACUUUAUGAAACUAACAUGUUGAGAGUAAAUAAAUGAGCAAUAAUGAAUCACAAGAUGAGUUUCAGUGUUGAUGUAAAAUAUUUUAUACUUUACAUUCAUCAAGAUGAUGUUCUACAUUUUUUAUUGCUGUAGUAUAAUAUGCAGUUGCAGUUAUUAAUGAAAAUAAUGAAUAAUGAUAGCAUUGAAGAUAUUUUGUACACUGAAAUUUUAUAGACUAUAAGAUUUAACUAUAUUAAUUAAGCCAAAAAAUGAUUAUCGUGAUAUAACUAUACAGAUACUAUAAAUAUUUAUAUCUUUGUAUCUACAAUAAUAAAUUUUAUACAAAAUUUAA